CGCCAUCGUUAAAGUACUCCACCAAUGGCUGCCGAGCUCCAUUACCAACUCUAGGAAAUACUCUUCAUUGGCCCAAACUUCAUACUCUUCUCACUAUACAAUCAGUUAGCCACUGCAAAUCUCGUUCGAUUCAUACAAUUUUUGCUGUGUAUUGAAAACUAAUGCUGAUUUAGAUUUAGUUUUCCAGUUGCGAAUUUUGGUGAAAAAAAUGGAAUUACGAUUUCAAUUCGUGUUUUUACUCUCUUGUAUCUUCUGCAUAUGUUCAAUCGAUAGAUCUGUAUCUCUUCCUUCCAUAGUCAACCUCGGAAUUGCCCCGGAAGAUGAGAAUUAUUACAAGGGUUUAUCAUCUGGUGCUAUAAAUUGUAAAGAUGGGUCGAAGAAAUUCACCAAGGCUCAGCUCAAUGAUGAUUUUUGUGACUGUCCAGAUGGGUCUGAUGAGCCAGGAACUUCGGCAUGUCCCAGCGGGAAGUUUUAUUGCAAAAAUGCAGGGCAUGCUCCUCUCUUCAUAUACUCAUCUAGGGUGAAUGAUGGCAUUUGCGAUUGUUGCGAUGGGAGUGAUGAGCAUGAUGGUAAAGUUAAGUGCCCAAAUACAUGUUGGGAGGUCGGCAGAGUAGCUAGAGAUAAAUUGAAGAAAAAAAUUGCAACAUUUCAGGAAGGUAUAAUUAUAAGGAAGAAGGAGAUUGAAGAAGCUAAACUUGCAAUAGCAAAAGAGGAAACUGAAGUCUCUAAGCUGAAAAAUGAGCAGAAGAUACUUAAAGGGAGGGUUGAGCAGCUUCAGGACAAAAAAGAACAAAUAGAGAAGGUUGAGGAGGAAGAACGGUUAAAGAGAGAAAAGGAAGAGAAGGAACGAAAGGAAGCUGAUGAUGCUAAGCUUGAGGCAAGCAAAGUUGAGGAGAAAACUGAAGUUCAUGAAGAAGCUGUGAAGAGUGACAUCCACGAUAAGAUUGGCCUCCUGGAAGACUCUCCUCCCGUAAAGGAUGUGGUAGAAGGCCAUGACAAAGCUGCAGAUGAAGAACAACAUGGUGACCAUUCCGUGAAGGAUGAGUUUCCGGUUGAUGAGGUAGAGCAGGUGCCCGAGGAUUCUUCCCAGCAUCCUGAAAUAAAAGAGGCGUCCACCAACAACAAUAAAGCUGAUGUUAGUAGUAGAAAUGAGGAGAAAGAUGCUGCUGAAAAUAUUGAGUCACUGUCAAAGGAAGAGUUAGGACGUGUUAUUGGUUCUCGUUGGUUAGGAAAAAAGAGUGAACAGGAAACUGAGUCAGUUGAGGCUGGUACAGAUAGUAACCAUGAUAACCAUGAUGAGGUGCCAUCUGAUACCCAUGAAGAGGAGUAUCAUGGAUAUGAUUCUGAUGUUGAUGACCGCAAGUAUGAUGAUGAACACAAGUAUGACGAUGAUGAAAACAAGUAUGACGAUGAUGACAAUGAGGACCACGUUGAAGAUUCUGUUGGAGAGGACCACGAUUCAAGUUCUUCAUAUAAGUCCGAGUCUGAUGAUGAUUCUGAUUUUGCAGAUACUACCACCACAACUAGUCCUUCCUGGACGGAGAAGAUACAACAAACUGUAAAGAGAAUUUUUCGGUCUGUCAAUUUGUUCCAAACUCCAGUGAACAUUUCUGAUGCUAAUUGCAUACGCAAAGAGUACGAUGAGGCAAGUGCUAAGUUGACAAAAAUUGAAUCAAGGCUAUCCAGCUUGAAGCAAAAGUUGAAACAUGAUUUUGGACCGGAGAAGGAAUUCUAUUCAUUCCAUGGACAAUGUUUCGAGAGCAAGGAGAACAAGUACACAUACAAGAUUUGCCCUUUCAAAGAAGCUACCCAAGUUGAGGGCUACAGCACAACUCGUUUGGGGAACUGGGAUAAAUUUGAGGAUUCCUACAGAACUAUGCAAUUUACAAACGGCGACCAUUGCUGGAAUGGCCCAAAUAGAAGUGUAAAGGUAAAAUUAAGGUGUGGUUUGAAAAAUGAGGUAACUGAUAUAGAUGAACCGAGCCGCUGCGAAUAUUUAGCAUUUUUGUCUACACCAGCACUCUGUCUGGAAGAAAAACUGAAGGAACUACAAGAUAAACUAGAGAUGAUGAAUAGGGAGCAACCACAAGACCAUGAUGAACUGUGACCUCUCUGGUUAGGCCUGCUUGGGAACUGUGACCUCGACUAAUUCCACAGGAUACUUGCACCUCAAGGGACGCAAAAAGGGGCAAAGUGAUCCAUUGGCGUAUUUUCUCAAGAACAGUAUCAACCAUUUAUGAAGUCAUACCCCCUUUAUAUUUUUGUUUCGGAACUCACUUCUGAUGUAGUUGCGAAUCAUAUAUUACUAAAAGUGGGAAGAGCCUGAGGUCAAAAGUUGAAUAUCAUUUUUGUUCUGUUAUAAAAAAAACAAUUUUCCAUUAACAUGAGUAGUCAUAACUAGACUUUAUUGGAAAGACCUUUUAUCUACAUAUGAACCUUUACAAAUUCUAUGAACUUUUAGUUAUAAGUUCAA